AAAAAUAAAUAUUCUGACAUGGACGAAAAAAAUGAUAUUUGUAUUCCAUCAUAUUUAAGGUUCUCCCCAGCUUAUAAUUAUAUAAAUUCUAAUAAAAUUAAAUUACCAACUAAAUUAAAUGCCAGUGAUUCUUCAAAAUGGUUAAAAGUUAGUGAAGAUGGAUUAACAAUUAUUUAUAGAGGAGAUCUUAGAUAUAGUUAUGUUGGUUCUAUAAGAGCUAAUCAUUACGUACCACCUGAAGUUGGGUUAUUUUAUUAUGAAAUAAAUAUAAUUGAUAAAGGUACGUGUGGGAUUAUCGGACUUGGAUUUUGUGAACCAAAUAUACGAUUAGGUACUAUGCCAGGAUGGGAUUAUAAAUCAUAUGGAUAUCAUGGGGAUGAUGGUAAAAAAUUUGCAUCAUCGGGUAAAGGUAGUAUCUAUGGUCCAACAUAUACUACCGGUGAUACAGUUGGCGUUGGAAUUAAUUUUUUUAACAAUACAAUGUUUUUCACUAAGAACGGUAUACAUUUAGGAACUGCAUUUACUCAUGUUGAAAGUAGUACUCUAUAUCCUGUGAUCGGUUUGAGAAGUUUAAGAGAAUGUGUUUUAGUAAAUUUUGGACAAAAGCAAUUUAUGUUUGAUAUUGAUCAAUAUAUACAAGUAAAUCAACGAUCAAACUUUAUCAAUAAUAUCACUUUAUGAAUAGAAAGAUGAUUAUCUCACAGAAAAUAUCAUUCAAGUGUUUGAAGAAAACAUAUACAAAAAAUGUACACCAAAAGAUUUUAAUACGAAAUUAUGAAAUCGUAGAAUUUCGAUCAGACAUCAUGAUCUUUUUUAUUUUAUAAGAUGUUGGCGUAAUAAUGCGUCAAUUGUUCAGUGAAAUGGUUAGUAACAUCUUAAAUUCACAUAAUUAUCUCCUUUUAUUAUUUAUUUAUCUUUAUCGGAAAAAAAAAAAAGAAAUUAUAAGUUAGU